AUGGAGGAAGAUAAGCAGGAGGAAAAGAACAAAAAAGAUCGUAUACAAUCCUCUUCCACUGUUGAUAAAUCUACCAAGUCGGCUUCAGUUUCCAACUCAAAUACUUCAAGUAGUGAAAAAACUAAGCAUCGAUAUAAAUUAAAAGGCCAUUUUACAACUGAGCAUAAUACUGAUUUUUCAAAUAUAUCAACUAAUGAACAAUAUAUUAAAAACUCUGGUAAUCACAAUGAGCACACAUCAUCUAGCAUAUAUCAGGAUGCAGAAUCGCCUAAUAAUUCACAUACAUCAAAUAGUUAUAAAAAAGAUCAAUCUACUCAUUUACCUCCACAAUAUGUAUCAAUCUCACAGCCAUCUUUAUCUCAACCAGCUAAACAAAAUGAUAUUAUAUUUGAUGUAGAUGUUUUAGCAGCUUUAACACAAGGUGACAAUGGUCGAUAUGCUAAUUAUGCAACCUCAGCAGAUUCUAUGUUAGCUCUUUUGGAAAGCCGUAAAUAUAGAGCCAAUAAAGGUGAAAAUCAAGAUUUUAUAAAAAGCCCUCCCGGUUCUAUACCAUUAGCUUCUCCAAACGUUAAUCUAUUAGCGAAAAGCUCUUGUUUUCCAUCCUGGGGGUCUGGAGGGGAUAUUCCUAUUACAUUUGAAGAAUUGGAUAGUAUUUUCCAUGUCCUUGCAAAGAGAUUUGGGUUUCAACAAGAUAGCGUAGAAAAUAUGAGCGAGCAUUUAAAAGUAAUGUUAGAUUCUCGUGCUUCUCGAAUGCAGCCUCAAAUAGCAUUAGAUACUCUUCAUGCCGAUUAUAUUGGCGGUAAAAAUGCUAACUAUCGUAAGUGGUAUUUUGCUGCUCAAAUUGAUAUUUAUGAUCAAACAGAACAAGAAAAACAAAUGGCUUUGGAUAUGAUUGACGAGCAUGAACAAUUAUCGCGUAUGCAAGAGAAAUGGGACUUACGUAUGCGUAGCUUAUCAAAUAAAGAAAAAGUUCAUGAUUUAGCAUUGUAUCUAUGCUUAUGGGGUGAGGCAGCUCCUGUACGAUUUACUCCUGAGAUACUCUGCUUUAUUUAUAAGAUGGCCUCAGAUUACUCUUGUCAUGAGUCUAUUGUAGAUAUGCAAGAGGCACAAGAAGACGCCUAUUUAAAUGACAUUAUUAUACCACUUUACCAAUUUUUUCGUGAUCAGACUUAUGUUAAAAUCAACGGAAAAUAUACCAAGCGAGAGAGAGAUCAUGAUAAAAUUAUUGGCUAUGAUGAUGCAAAUCAAUUCUUUUGGAAUUCAACAUUUUAUGAUAAAAUUUUAGUUGCAGGGCAUGAGGAACAAACACUUGGUCAAUUGUUACCCCGUAAACGGUACAUAGCUUUAAAAGAUGUCAAUUGGAAAAAGACUUUUAAAAAAACUUAUAAAGAAAAACGUACAUGGAUGCAUGCUUCUAUCAAUUUCUCAAGAGUGUGGGUUAUUCAUAUUGUGACUUUCUGGUAUUAUAUAUCAGCAAAUGCCUAUUCCUUAUAUUUAAACCUUGAUAAAGAUAUUGCAAAAGAGGAGCUUCCAGUGCAAAUAUCUAUUGUUGCUUUAGGGGGAGCUAUUGCAUGUUUGUUAGUCUUAAUAGGCUCUUGUGCUGAAUUAAUGUACCUACCGGCUAGUUGGUAUAAUUCAAGAAAUAUUUUGCGUCGUAUUGCAUUCUUAAUAUUACUUAUGAUCGUGAAUGUGGCUCCUUCUUACUAUUGUGUUAUAAUAGAUAGGCAAAGUGCAAUAUCAAGAUUAGUAUCUAUUACUCAAUUGAUUAUUAGUAUUAUUACAACAUUAUAUUUGUCCCUUGUACCAUCAUCUCGACUUUUUAUGGGUCCUUCUAAACAUACACGUAAAGAAUUAGCUAAUGAAAGCUUUACUGGAUGUUUCCCACCACUCAAAAGUAUUGAUCGGAUCAUGUCGGUCUGUUUAUGGAUCUGUGUAUUUUCUUGUAAACUAUUAGAAUCUUACUUCUUCUUAGCUCUUUCCUUCAAGGACCCUCUUAAAGUUAUCAGUACAAUGACGAUUACAAAUUGUCAUGAUGCCAUAUUAGGAGAUUUGAUCUGUAAGCAAAUGCCUCAUAUUACAAUUUUUAUUAUGUUUUUGAUGGAUCUAGUACUUUACUUUUUGGACACCUACCUUUGGUAUAUCAUUUGGAAUACUAUCUUCUCCGUUGCUAGAUCUUUUUAUCUAGGUAUCUCUAUUUGGUCUCCGUGGAGAAAUAUCUUUUCAAGAUUGCCAAAGCGUAUCUUUGUCAAAUUGUUAGCAACAACAGAUAUCCAAGUUAAAUAUAAACCAAAAGUAUUAUGUUCCCAAAUAUGGAAUGCUAUUGUUAUCACUAUGUAUCGUGAGCACUUGAUCAAUGUAGACCAUGCCCAACGCAUGUUAUAUCAGCAGGAGAUAAACCCUAUUGAUGGUCAACGAUCGCUUAAAACACCUACAUUUUUCGUUUCUCAGGAAGAUACCUCAUUCAAAACAGAAUACUUUCCUCAAAGGGGUGAAGCCGAAAGACGUAUUCAUUUUUUUGCUCAGAGUUUAACGACACCAAUGCCACCUCCGCAUCCGGUAGAAUGUAUGCCCACCUUUACCGUACUUACACCUCAUUAUGGUGAAAAGAUUCUUUUGACACUCCGAGAAAUUAUACGAGAAGAAGAUACAAGCACAAGAGUAACAUUGCUAGAAUACCUAAAACAAUUACAUCCUGUUGAAUGGGAUAAUUUUGUUAAAGAUACUAAGCUAUUUGUAGAUACUGAUUGUCGACGCAGUAUUGAUACACGUGAUGGCUGUAAUUCCGGCUUCUCAAUAUCAAGCAGUAUUCAAAAAGACUUUAGUAAAAGUAUAAAUGAUGAUCUUCCCUUUUAUUGUAUUGGCUUCAAGGAUUCUAGACCAGAGUAUGCUUUACGCACUCGAAUUUGGGCAUCACUUAGAGCGCAAACAUUAUAUCGUACUGUAUCGGGCUUUAUGAAUUACCACAGAGCUAUAAAGCUUCUCUAUCGUGUGGAAAACCCAGAAAUAGCACAUACAUAUGCUAAUGAUAAGACAGCAUUAGAAAACGAUCUGGACAAAUUAUCUCGCCGUAAAUUUAAAUUUUUGGUAGCCAUGCAACGAUAUGCAAAAUUUACUCCUAGUGAAUCUGAAGAUGCAGAAUUUUUAUUCAAAGCUUUCCCUGAACUUCAAGUAGCUUAUAUAGAAGAAAUAUCCCCUAUUGAUCCUAACGGAGAGAUUACCUAUUACUCUUCUUUAGUUGAUGGCACCUGUGAACUAACUGAAAAUGGUAAACGUAAGCCCCGUUAUCGUAUCCGCUUACCCGGAAACCCUAUACUCGGAGAUGGUAAAUCUGAUAAUCAGAAUCAUGCUAUUAUCUUUUAUCGUGGUGAGUUUCUUCAAUUAAUUGACGCUAAUCAAGAUAAUUAUCUUGAGGAAUGUUUAAAAGUUCGAAACGUGCUUGGUGAAUUUGAGACAUUGGAGCCUAUAUCUAUAUCCCCUUACUCAGCUGCUUACAAAGAAACGAAAACAUCAGCGGUUGCUAUUGUUGGUGCCCGUGAAUAUAUUUUUUCAGAAAAUAUUGGUGUAUUAGGUGAUGUUGCUGCUGGUAAGGAACAAACAUUUGGCACCCUUACCCAGCGAAUUAUGGCAAAAAUUGGUGGUAAAUUACACUAUGGUCAUCCCGACUUUUUGAAUGCUAUUUUUAUGACUACUCGUGGUGGCGUAUCUAAGGCACAAAAGGGUCUUCAUCUAAAUGAAGAUAUUUAUGCAGGCAUGAAUGCCUUUACAAGAGGAGGUCGUAUUAAACAUACCGAAUACUUUCAAUGCGGUAAAGGUCGUGAUUUAGGUUUUGGCUCUAUCUUGAAUUUUACAACGAAGAUUGGCACUGGUAUGGGCGAACAAAUGCUUUCUCGUGAAUAUUAUUAUAUAGGUACUCAAUUACCUUUGGAUCGAUUUUUAACAUUUUACUAUGCUCACCCUGGCUUUCAUAUUAAUAAUAUUUUUAUCAUGUUAUCUGUACAACUUUUCAUGUUGGUUAUUCUUUUUGUCAGCACUAUGGGUAGUUCUUUAACUGUUUGCGAAUAUAAUCCUGAUGUACCACCAGAGGCGCCUUUAGUGCCAGAAGGUUGCUUUAAUCUUGUACCUAUUAUUGAUUGGGUGAAACGCUGUAUUUUAUCCAUCUUUGUUGUCUUCUUUGCGGCCUUCUUACCGUUAGUUCUACAGGAAUUAACUGAAAAGGGAUUUUGGAGAAGUCUGACACGUAUGGGGCGUCACUUUAUAUCUUUGUCUCCUCUCUUUGAAAUCUUUGUGACACAAAUAUAUACUAACUCUGUCCUAGAGAAUCUUGUUUUCGGUGGAGCCCGUUACAUUGGCACAGGUCGUGGUUUUGCUACAUCUCGUAUUUCAUUUGCAACACUGUAUUCUCGUUUUACAGGUCCUAGUAUUUAUGUAGGUGCAAGGAAUUUGGUUAUUAUGAUCUUUGCUUCCGUUGCUUACUGGAUCCCUCAUUUAGUCUAUUUUUGGUUUACUGUAAUCGCAUUGAUCAUUUCUCCCUUUGUGUUUAACCCGAAUCAAUUUGCACUUGUAGAUUUCUUAAUGGAUUAUAAAGAAUUUAUUCGCUGGCUCUCUCGAGGUAAUUCCAAAACACAUGCUAACUCCUGGAUUAGCCAUACACGUUCAUCUAGAGCUCGUAUCACCGGCUAUAAACGUAGUAAGCCUACAGAAGCUACAAAUAGUAUGGCAGAUAUUCCUCGUGCUGGUUUUUUUGCUAUUUUUAUAUCUGAGCUAGUAUUACCACUACUUUAUGCUGGUUUAUGUACACUUCCAUAUGCUUUUGCCAAGAGCUUUGAUAUUGAUGAUCCUAAAGUUGCAGCAAAAGGCCCAAGCCCAUUGAUUCGUAUUGGCGUUAUUGCCUUAGCUCCAAUUAUAUUGAAUAUUGUCGGUUUGGUGAUCUUUUUUGGUUUAUCUGUUGGCAUUGGUUGUAUCCUAAGCAUUUGGGUAGUUAAAUUUGGUUCACUUAUGGCAGCCUUAGCACAUGCUUGGUCGGUAAUUAGUCUCAUUAUAGUUUUUGAAGUGCUUGUCUUUUUAGAGGAGUUAAAGUUAAAUCAUGUUUUACUCGGUGUAGUAGCAAUGAUAGCUAUUCAGCGUGCCGUUUUAAAAUCAUUGACAGUUGUCUUCCUUACACGUGAAUUUAAACAAGAUGAGUCAAAUCGAGGAUGGUGGACUGGUAAAUGGUACGGUAGAGGCCUAGGUUGGCAUGUUAUUACUCAACCUGGGCGUGAAUUUAUUUGUAAAAUCAUUGAAAUGUCUGAAUUUGCAACUGAUUUUAUAUUGGGUCAUAUCAUUCUUUUUUUCCUUUCUCUCUUCACCAUAAUACCUUAUAUUAAUACAGCUCAUUCUGUUAUGUUAUUUUGGCUUAAACCAUCUCAACAGAUCCGCGAUCAUAUUUGGACUGUAAAACAACGUAAAAAAAGAAGACGCGUAGCUACGACAUACGGUAUGAUGUUUGCUAGUAUGUUUUUAUUGUUUGUAGCUCUUGUAGUAGCACCUUUGACCUGGGGUAAAGAUCUUGUUUCGAAACUUAUCCCUAAAGACGGCUUAUUUAUUUAG